AUGACUCAGACUUUCCCUCAAUCCCCAGAACAGGGUCUCGUACCCUCGAAUCAGGCGGAGCCUCAGCCAACGCCGGCAAAUACCUCUAUAGAAGACCAUCACCUUCUCACCGCCCUCGCGCUGAAGGACAGUCUAGGCGCCGCCCUAACAAAACAAGGCAAAUACUCCGAAGCCGCCACGCUCCUCCUCGAAGUCCUUACAACCCGAGAAUCCCUCAACCAAAGCCCCACCUCCCCAGGCAUGCUCUGCACCAUGAACAACCUCGCCGCCGCACUGCACCACCAAGGCCACCUCGCCUCCGCCGAAUCCCUCCACCGCCGCGUCCUGGAAUCCGACACGCAAACCCUGGGCAUCUCACACCCCAACACCCUCACCACGAUGCACAACCUCGCCGCCGUGCUUGCCCACCAGGGUCCCGACAACGACAAAGACAACGCCAAGCUCUCUGAGGCGGCGGAACUGCUGCAGCGGGCCCUACAGCUGAGUCAACAGGUGAACGGCUCAUGGAGUCCACCAACCCUGCGCAUAAUGGGGGAACAGGUCAAUAUCCUGCUCAGACAAGAGAAGUAUGAGCAGGCCGAAGGGCUGGCGAGGGAGGUGCUGGCGCUGCGGCGGGAAGUGCUAAGGGCGCAGCAUCCGGAGAUCGCGACGGCGAUGCAUAGUUUGGGAAUGGUGUUGGGAAAACUGGGGAAGGUGGAUGAAGCGAAGGCGCUGCGGCGGGAGGAGCGGGCGCUUAGGGAGAUUGAUGGGGAGGAGAUGGCGGGCUUGAGGGAUGAAGAUGGACAGGUUGCGAUGAAAGAAGGCAGAGAGUAUAUUCCGGAAGGGGUUGGUGACGGGAAUGGCGUGAGCUACUGGAAAUGGUGGCAGAUUUCAGCAGUUGAGCCUUCUUCACCUGAUGGAAUUGCUGAAGCUGAAGCUAUUGCCAUCAUCAAAGCUGCCAUGUUCUUGGACCAGAACAGAACAGGACAGGACAUCCAUCUAUCCAAGGUGACGCCAGUCAAAGAUAUCAUCAACCACUUCAUAGCUUUCACUCCCAGCAAUGGCGUUCCAGGCCUCGAAGUCAGCUUCAGCCCCCGAGGCGAUCCCGAUGAUGACACCAAGGCAGCCUUUGCCCCUGUGGACGGCGUCUGGAAUCGAGGCGGACCGAUCACACUGCUGGAGCUCAAGCCUUCCCAUAAGCUCACGGCAGAAGCUCUGCGAACUGCACUAGACAACGGAACAGGUCGUCCCAAAAGAGGUUCGAGACCAAACCGAUCAUCGACAGCCCGCGCGCGACUAAUGAUCCGACGUAUACGAUCGUUGCGGUCUUUACGCAGGUCUUCGUCUAUAUGA